AUGACCGAUAAUCAGUACGCUCCUCUAACAGCGAACAUAGUGCGGACAUUGACAGACAAACUUUAUGAGAAGCGAAAAGCGGCAGCGCUUGAUAUAGAGAAAUUAGUUCGAGAUCUACAUGCCACCAAUCAACUAACCCAGCUCGACAAACUGCUCGCUGUUCUUCGAGAGCUCGCAAUGGCUAGUAAUGGACAUACUCGAAAAGGCGGUUUGAUAGGAUUGGCUGCAGCUGCUAUCGCUCUAGGGAAGAAUGCUCCGCCUUACACUGUACAUUUGAUAGAGCCUGUGCUUUCAUGUUUCAACGAUCCAGAUCUACGUGUACGAUAUUACGCGUGCGAGGUUAGCCGUUGCGAUAGAUUUAUGUAUUUCGAUGCUAAUGGCUAA